UGCCGAAAACGAGGUUUCACAUGAUUAUCAUGGUUGUAGUACCUCGAUCUGCCCGGAUCAUGAUUGAUAUAAGUGAAUUUGUGAUAUUCUUGCAUGAACAAGCAGCAUUGGUCGCAAAGAUAACGUGUGGCUCUUCCCUCAUUUCCACUCGCUUGGUUAAACCAUCGUUUAGGAUUCACCUACGGUACCUAGUACCAACCUGAAGAAGAGACAUCAUGUCAUCCGAACUCGAAAGCCAAGCCGCAUUCGAGGCCACACUUAUCGGAUUUCUCUACCGACAGUAUACUCAACCAAGGCCUGUCCCAGCAGACACUAGGGUUACUGACCAAGUGGCCAUCGUCACGGGAAGCAAUAUAGGGAUCGGUUUUGAAGCAUGUCGGCAAUAUCUGAGACUUGGAAUAUCCCACUUAAUCAUGGCGGUACGCUCACAGGCGAAAGGGGAUGAAGCAGCCCACAAGCUGCGGAAAGAGUUCCCCGGUUCUAACGUAUCCGUUUGGACCGUCGAAAUGGAGUCGUACGACUCCAUCCGCGCCUUCGUAGACAGGUGCGCAGCUCUACCGCGCAUAGAUAUGGUCAUCCUGAACGCCGCCUUGAUGAGGAUGGCCUAUACGACGGUACCUGCUACUGGCCACGAGCUUACGAUGCAAGUGAACUACCUCUCCACAGCGCUUCUAGCUAUCCUACUUCUCCCCAUACUCAAAUCCAAGAAGAUCGACGGCGCGAAAAGACCUCCCGUUCUUAGCAUCGUGGGGUCUGACUUGGCGUAUCGAACAGAGAUGGAGACAAAGGGCCCUAUACUACAGCAGUUCGACAAAUCCGAGGGAUUUGGCGAACUCCUCUGGUACGGCAGGUCGAAGCUUCUGCUCACGUUCUUCGUCGCCAAGCUCGCGGAGUUCGUCGACGCCGAUGAUGUCCUCAUAAACAUGCCGAACCCCGGCACCAUCAAGGGCACGGGAUUUUUCCGCGACUUCCCCACGCUGGCGGGGAAACUGGUCGCGUUUCUCCAUUUUCUCUUCGGGAGGAGGGUGGAUGUUGGUGCUACUACGUAUCUUGACGCGACUGUUGUUAGAGGCAAAGAGGGCCAUGGGAGUUUUAUCAGCGACUGGGCUAUUAAACCAUAUCCCUUGAUAUGGUACGGGGCUGAAGGCAAGGUGUUGAACGAAAGACUAUGGGAAGAGACGAUGCAAGAACUGAACUUCGUAGGGGCCUCAAAAAUCCUGGAAGACUUGAAGACGCGACACUGAGCAAGGAAAAUUAGAGCUUCAAUUUCCAUUAUAUUAUUUAUAUUGAAC